UGUGUCAUGCAGUCGAGCUGGUAGUCAGCUGACAUAUUCAGGUCGCUUGCGAUGUUUACUUUCCCUGUUUAGUGCGUUAACUUGCGUUUUUUGAAUGAAUGCAUCGCUAUGCUUCGCCCAGGAGAACCAUGGUAGUCGUGAACUCGGUGCUGAAGCUGUUACAGAGGCAGACGUACACCUGUCUGUCCCACCGAUAUGGGCUCUACCUCUGCUUCGGGGGGCUCGUUCUCAUGAUAGUUUCCGCCUUUCAGUUUGGAGAGGUGGUGGUGGAGUGGAGUCGGGACCAGUAUCAUGUGCUGUUUGAUUCCUAUAGGGACAAUGUUGGUGGAAAAUCAUUUCAAAGCAGGCUCUGUCUGCCUAUGCCUAUUGACGUGGUGUACACAUGGGUGAACGGCACAGACACGGCUCUGCUGAAGGAGCUGAAGGCGGUCAAAGAGCAACUGGAGGAGGAACAGAGAGCUCUGAGGGAACGUCUGGGGAAAAAUUCAAGUGAGACAACUGAAGUGCCAAAAGACAGUGUUAAACCAGAAUGUCUGCUGUCUCACUGCAUCCUGGCGCCCAUGCUGGCUCUGGACCCUGCUCUGCCAGCCAACGUCACGCUCAAAGAGCUGCCGACACUCUCGCCUGCCUUCUCUGCCGCCAAAGAGCUGCUGCUGAUGAGCAAACCCUUCCAGCCGUCCACCACCGCCUCUGUGGUCGUCUUUCAUUCGCAAGCUGAUGCUGAUAAAGCGUAUACAGAUGUGUCCACAGAGGACCAGAAGUUCUCCGCUUCCAGAUGUUACCUGACUACCGAUAAAGAGGCUCCGGGUCUGAUCAAGAUGCAGUCUCUGGCUUAUCUGAGUGGCUUCCCGGCAUCCUUUAAGGAGACGGAGCAGCUGAGAGUCAAACUGCCGUCUGUAAUCAACAGCAAGAUCAAACAGUUUGAGUUGUACUCUGAAGCCAGCAUCGCCCUGCUCCACCUCAAAACCCCGCAGGAUUUCACCGACCUGACCCAGCAGGCUAAGAAGAACCUGACCCUGGAUGGGAAAGAGUUAACUAUCAGUCCUGCGUACUUGUUCUGGGACCUCACUGCCAUCUCACAGUCCAAACAAGAUGAAGACGUGUCCGCCAGCAGAUUUGAGGACAAUGAAGAGCUCCGCUACUCUCUGCGCUCCGUGGAAAGACACGCUCCAUGGGUUCGGCAUAUCUUCAUAGUCACCAAUGGGCAGAUUCCCUCAUGGCUCAACCUGGAUAACCCCAGAGUGACGGUCGUCACGCACAAGGAUAUCUUCCAGAACCACAGUCAUCUUCCCACUUUCAGCUCCCCUGCCAUAGAGACACACAUCCAUCGAAUCCCAGGACUCUCUCAGAAGUUCAUUUACCUCAACGAUGAUGUGAUGUUUGGUAAAGAAGUCUGGCCGGACGACUUCUACAGCCACUCCAAAGGGCAGAAGGUAAGAGUAUUAAAUCCCUUACGAAGAGGUCUUUGGAAUCAACCUUUUACCACUGCUUUCCUCAUGUCCCUGCAGGUGUAUCUUACCUGGCCUGUCCCCAACUGUGCAGAGGGCUGCCCAGGAUCCUGGAUCAAAGAUGGCUACUGUGACAAAGCCUGCAACAACUCUGCCUGUGACUGGGACGGAGGAGACUGCCUUGGUACAGCAGGGAACAGUCGGUUUGCAGCUGGGGUUGGUGGCGGUGUGCCUGGAGGAGCUGGUGGGCAGGUGUGGCAGUUUGCAGGAGGACUAGGAGGUCUCGGGGGGACGUCGUACUGCAAUCAAGGCUGCGCUAACUCCUGGUUGGCAGACAAGUUCUGUGACCAGGCCUGCAACGUGCUCACUUGUGGUUUUGAUGUGGGAGACUGUGGCACAGAGCACUUUGGAGAGCUUUACCGUGUGACCCUCCUGAGGAAUCAAAGUCUUUAUACCCUCCCUGUGGGUGAAACCCGGCCGUAUUUCAGCUUCGGCAAGCUGGCUCGACGAGUUUCAGAGGCUCACGUCAGCGACAACAACGCCGUUCGCCACACCUCUGUCGCCAACAAAUGGAAGACCAUCCACCUGCUACUACACUCCGGCCAAAACGCCACUCAAAUCCAGUACAACCUCACCUUCCAGAGGGACGAUGACACAGAGUUCACGAUGGGCUUCACUGUAGCUGUUGACACCCGUGUGGUUCCUCAGGCUAACCUUUCCCGUGCAGCGAGCAAAGACGGGGCCAAAGAACCAACACCGACCCCUACUCCAGAGCCGGUCUUCCCUUUCUCGGAUAUUCCUGAGGACAAACGCGCUCCAAAGAUCCAGAAGAAGCAGCCUGGUGAUUCUGAAGUUGUCAUAGAAGUUCCGUCCCUGAACGUCUCGCUGCUUCCUGCUGCUUUGCGCAGCGAGCUGCAAAAACUGGAGGAAAAGCUCCUCAUUGGGGACAUAACCAUGAAGGGUUAUAACCUCACAAAGGCUGAAAUACUGAAAGCUUAUAAAGUAGAGCAGAAGACUAAAGAGUCACAUCCUGACAAUGAAGGUGCAGCUAAAGUCAAGGGAAAACCUUCCAAAGGCCUAGAAGGAGAGAAGAUUGAAGGAGAAGAACCUGUAAAAGCAAAAUCUGUAAAUAUCAACCAAAAAAGUCAGAGGGUAAAGGAAGAAAUACCCAAGGAAGACACAGCUGUGCAGAAGAAACCAGUCACUCCUCUUAUUACAGUUCAGAUUGAUGAUCAGCAGACGAAGGAACCCAUGACCCCCAAACAAUAUAAGCUAAACGCUGGAAUCGAAAAGCCGAUGAUUUCCAAACUGUUAGGAAGCAUUGCCAAAGGCAAGAGCACAGAAAAUCAGGGAGAACCAGGGGACGCCGCAGGAGGAGGUGCGGUGAGGAGGAGACUCCAGCACUUCACGUCAUCAGACAGAGGCUUCCUGCCCUGGGAGAGGAAGAAAUACUUCCAAGGACUGCUCGAGGAGGAGGAGCGUCUACAAAGAGAGUUGUCAUAUGAGACUGAUGGCGCCGCUACCGGUCGAAAGCUGAAGGACACUUUCGCUGACUCGUUGCGCUACGUCAACAAGCUGCUCAACAGCCAGUUCGGAUUCACGUCCCGCAAAGUCCCAGCACACAUGCCGCACAUGAUCGACCGUCUCAUCAUGCAGGAGCUGCAGGACACAUUCCCAGAGGAGUUCGACAAGACAUCAGCACACCGUGUUCGCCACUCAGAAGACAUGCAGUUCGCCUUUUCAUACUUCUACUUCCUGAUGAGCGCUCAGCAGCAGCUCAACGUGUCUGAGGUGUUUGAUGAGAUUGAUACAGAUCACUCAGGCGUCCUUUCUGACCGAGAGAUUCGAACUCUCGCUACGAGAAUUCAUGAACUGCCGCUAAGCCUGCAGGAUCUGACUGGCCUGGAGCAGAUGUUGAUAAACUGCUCAAAGUCUCUACCGACUAACCUGACCCAGCUCCACCUGGUGAGCCCAACACAGGAGGCAUAUUAUGACCCCAGCAUGCCUCCUGUAACAAAAGGCCUCAUCCUGCACUGUAAGCCCAUCACAGAGCGCAUCCACAAAGCCUUUAGAGACCAGAAUAAGUACAAGUUCGAGAUCAUGGGGGAGGAGGAGAUAGCGUUCAAAAUGGUGCGAACAAAUGUGUCCCAUGUGGUCGGACAGUUAGAUGACAUCAGGAAGAAUCCAAGGAAGUUCAUCUGUCUGAAUGAUAACAUCGACCACAGCCAUAAAGACGCUGCCACAGUGAAAGCAGUGCUCAGAGACUUCUAUGAGUCCAUGUUCCCUCUGCCUUCACAGUUUGAACUGCCCAGAGAGUAUCGCAACAGGUUCCUGCAUAUGGAAGAGCUCCAGGAAUGGCGAGUGUACCGGGACAAACUGAAGUUCUGGACCCACUGUGUCCUUGUGACACUCGUCAUUUUCACUGUCAUGUCAUUCUUCGCCGAACAGCUGAUUCUGCUAAAGCGAAAGCUGUUCCCCAGACGCAGAGUGAACAGGGACAGCAACUCCGAGCGGGUCUGAAGGAGGAAGACUCCCCUCUCCUCUCCUCACUACACUCCCACCUCUCCAACCUCUCUCCUGCUCAGUAGGGACUGGGAGAGGAUUCAGACCAGGGGAACUGGGUGGAAACGGGAAUCUGAAGUCCCCCCCAGUGCUUGUGUUGCAUCAGCACAGCCGGAGAAUACAGCAGACUCAUGAGAGAUGGUGAUGAAACAUUUUUCCAGAAGAUGAUGGAUGGGGCUGGCGGCCAUAAGGAAUGGAAGCCAGUAAGAAGAAGGCUGUAAAUCUUCUUCUCCUCCGCUGCAGGGGGACUUUUGUACAACCGUCACUCUUAACACACAGGAAAACAAACACUCCCUCACACCGCACCCCUCGCCUCGUGUCCUGCCCUCACCAGGCCUCUGAUUGAUGUGCUGUUAAAGUGUGAAACAUCUGAUAGCAGGAGGUCAGGACUCAUAAUGUAUGUGGGUUUGUUGGUGUCUGCGUGUUCAUCAAGCCUCAAGAUCAACAAAACUUUUGUGUUAAAAACUCAAAAGAUUUACAGAUUAAUCAGUUUGAGGAGUGAGAGAAAAACCUGGUACUAAACUAAUAAUCAGCCUGUUUGAGGUUACUCUUAAAGGAAAAAAGCCAAACUUUAGCUGGUACCUACGGAGGCCCUGAGUGGACAUGUAUCUUAUAUUUUAUCUCUCACCACCAAAGUUGCCCCCAGUGACAACAGGACAUGCCAUAUCACUGUGACCCAUCUAGAAAGUUAUCACACUACCCCCAAAAUCUAGUUUUAUUAUUCAGUGAUAAUAAAUUAAACCAUCAUAGUGGGAUAAUCUCUUAUUUUUAGUUAUUUUCUUGAAAUGUGGGUGUGGCUUCCAGUGCUUUCUUUCAUACUAGGACUUUGUAUUGUAACGAAAUACAGAUCCUGAUUAUUAGAGCGAUUUGGAGAUUAAACAUGUAGACGUCACCUGUUACACCUGAAAUGGGAUGAUGUUAUUCCUCAACCUUCUACUCCAAAGAAAAAAUGAAGACAUUUCCCCUGAUAAGGUACUCUAGUAUUUUUAGCUAACUUUAAAAGCUUUAUAUCAGUAUUUGCAGAGUAAUAAGGAUGAUCGCAUUUAUCAAAGGAGUUAGGACAUGACCAUAUAUUCUUCACUGAAGCUCAGUCAGAGCUUUAACAUUUCUCUCUUUAGUUUUUUGGAUUUGCUGAAAUUCUUAUUUCACUAACUAGUCCCUCUUUAAAUGUGUGAGUUAUAUGAAUAUUCAUGAUUUACUUGGGCCACUCUUCAGUCUGGUAAAUCUCAAAUUACAUAUUAAUAGGGAUGCAACAGUAUUAAAAUCUAAUGCUACGAUAAUACCUCAGCUGCCAUGGCAUAGUAUUUAUUGAACUAUCAAAAAAUAAUCCCAAAAUAACAAAUAAAGACUUGGGAAAAGUGGCGCUGGCAUUAAAUUGGACUUUAAAUAUUACAACAUGUGCAAAACAGUCCUGUAGGCUUACAUUAGGCUUAGAAAUAUAUACUUUGUCGUUGACUCCAGUGUGUUAUUACCCCUGGGCCAUAGUUUGGACACCCCUGAUCUAGGCGAUAGAAUCAUUGAUACACCUUGUGAUCUGUUGAGCCCUCAUGCUGUCGAUAAGAAGUGGAAUUGUUGUAGGAUCUUUUAGUCUGGCUCUUCACAUCUUCAUGAAUCCUUCCAGGGCGAUGGUUUGCCAAGUGCUUCUACAAGUCAGAUUUAAAAGUUGCUGGAGCCUCCAUAAUCUUGACAACCUGGCACACAGUUCUCCCUUGCCACUAGCGUCCACUGUUUUUGCACUUUUAGGUCUUGAUUAGGUAGGUUGGUAUGGUAAAGGAUGAUGGCUAAAUGACUAAAAUGUGACAAAACCUAAAAGACAUUUAAUCUGAAGACUAACGCUGAGACUAAAAUUAAAAAUAGGUGUCAGAAUUAACUAUGCUACAUUCGUAGUGACAGUAGAUCCCCAGGAAUAAGGUGGAUAGUUCACAUGUGCAUGUAAGAUCAGUAUUUAAGAUGCUGUCUUUUUUGGUAAAAAAAACAAAUACUCCAUCUUCCUACAUAAAUGUUUCUGUUCCUUUCCGCAAAGUCCACAACAUUCAGUUUCUUCACAGCUGUCUGGUUCUUUCAGUUACUUCUGUUUUUGCCAUGUGGGUUUAGUAAUCCCACUAGCUUCCGGUAAGGUUGUCAAGCUCUAAUCCUAUGGUGAUAGUUGUGAAGUACAGACACACUUCCACAGGCCACUUGUCUUUUCAAACAAACCAUCACUUUUUUUUUUUUUUUUUUUUUUUAAGAUUUAUCUUUUAGGGGUUUUUUGUCUUUUUUGGGGGGAGAUCAGACAGUGGAUAAAGCUGAAAAACAAGAUUGAGAGAGUGGGGAACAACAUGUGGCGUAAACAGUGACAAGAAGAAGGGUUGAACAGCUCAAGCCCCUUUUCCACUUGAGUCCAAAGUUAGUUAAAAAGGGCCACGGCCAGACUUUUGCAUGUAUCCCAGCAUGCUUUGCACAGUAAAGCAGAUGCUUGCAACACACAUGAAAUGGGGCUUAACUUGCAAUCACAUCCAGUCUCGUGCAGUAACGAUGCCAUCAUUACCCAAGGAAGAAUGCACCCAACUUGAAAAAGAGAGGUUUUAUAAAAUUAUCUUGAGGCUUUUCAUGGCCUAGUUGAUAGUUUGUGUGCAGCAUGUUUGUUCCUACCUUUCUGUCUAAUUAAAGUAUAAUAAGCCCCAAAAUACAAAUUAAAAAAAAAUCAAGUGCGUAUUAUUCAUUGGAUUUUACAGUUAGUUGAGAUCUUGAGGAAAAUGGAGAGCAUUAAAAAGUAGAUUCAUGUCCACUCAGGACCUAGGUACCAUCUCCUUUGUUGAAGUUUUUUCACUUUUUCUUUGUUAGAUAAUUAAAAGGUAAUGAAUUUUGGUUAGCAUUGCCUUUGGUUCUGGGAAACUGUUAUGGGAAUAUUUUCACAGUUUCACCAUGCCUGAUAGUGAAAUAAAUUGGUACUUGUAGCCCUGAUGUUUUAAACUUUCACUGCACUGGCUUUAUUUUAAGGAAAAAGAGGACAAAUAUAUAUAGGAAGAAUCAGAAUACUGUCAGGUGUUGUACUUUUCUCUGUGAAACCAUGAAAACUUGAAGUGCCUUCGUGUUCAUUCCUGCUUGUUUGAACGUUUUUGUGUUGUUGUUUUUUUUUAAAUAUCUGCCUCAUCCCUUUGUAAUCUGGCGAUCAAAAAUAAGAAUGAACGGGAAAUAGGAUUAUGUGAUUAUCACUCUAAAUGUGGUUCAGAUGUAAAUGAUUGUUUUUGCUUCAUUUAAGUGAUGAGUGUCCACAGCCACCUGUUAGUGUGUCCCUGUGGGACUCGACAGGCUCGCUGCUGUCUGAAAUUCAGACCUCCUCAGCAUGUUGUGUAACUUAUUUUGAUUGUAUUAUUGUGAAGGUGAACAUAGUGACUGAUGCAUCUGAAUAUCAACGCUCCAGAAUGUAAACACAGCCUCAGAUAACACUUGUUCCAGUUUUACCCUCCCUGUAUCUGUUUUACAAAGUUCUUUAAUAUAAAGACAAAAUAGAAGUGACUGCAGAAGACUGUCAGUAUUUGGUGUAAUAAUAAUGAACACAAUGAUAUUAGCCAGAGACACAGUAAGCAGCAUAUCUUGUAAUCUCUUGGAUUGCAUCAGUUGAGCGGC